AUGGGAGAUCAGGACCCAAUUUUCAGGGGAGAGGUGGCCGGCCCUUACUUCACGGGCCACGUCGCUGACCGGGUGACGCGGGAGGAGGACGCGUGGGCGGCCGUGUGGCCCUUGGUGGCGCUGGGGCUCGGCAGGUCUCGCUUGGCCCCGCUGCUGGCCCUGGGCACCCUCCUGCUGCUGCCCCUGCUCCUGCUGGUGGCUGGUGUCCCACAAUCCCCGUCCCUCCUGUCCCGCUCCCUCCGUGCCAACAUCACGCUGGGCUGGGGACAUGGGGAGGGGACGCAGGUGACACAGGUGACACAGGUGACACAGGUGACGGCGGCGGCGAGGCGGGUGGGAGUGCACGCCUGGGCCACGCAGCUGCCACAUGGCUACGACACAGAGGUGGGCCCGCGGGGGAUGCAGCUCUCGGGGGGGGGGCAGGCGCAGGGGGUGGCGCUGGCCCGGGCCCUGCUCAGGACCCCCCGCCUGCUGGUGCUGGACGAGCCCACGCGGGCGCUCGACCCCGUGACCCGGUGCCAGGUGGAGCAGGAGCUGCUGCGCCCCGGCGGGCCCGGGGCCGGGGAGGGGCCGGCGGUGCUGUUGGUGACAGGGCAGGUGGCCCUGGCCCGGCGGGCACCCAGGGUGGCCCUGCUGGAGGGGGGGCGGCUGCGGGAGCUGGGGGGGCCCGGGGAGCUGGGGACAACCCCCUGGGACACUGCAGGGGACA